AUGGAAAAAGUCUCUGCAUUACGUCGAGCUAAAACAUGGGAAAUAUCUGAAUCCGAGGAUGAAACUGAUGUAGAAAACAAACCAACCACACUUUUAAAAUGGCAGGAGAAAGAAGCAACAAUCCCAUCUGUAACAGUGAGCACAGAUUUAACAGAAGAGGAUGCAAAUCCUGACAAGACUCCUCCAUCACCUGCAGCAAAAAACGAAUCCAGAAAAACGUGUGCUUUGCCUCCUCCUCCCAAACCUUCAGCAGGUCCUGGGACCCCCAGUCCCACCAGGAAACGAAGGAGCAAAGAGGAGAUAGAGCUGGACAGACAAAAGGGCCAGGAGAGAAAGAAGGCCAGGGAGAGGGCAAAGGCUGCCAAGGUCCAAGAGAAGGAGGAGAAAAAACAGGAGCAGCAGCGGAGGAGAGAGGCUGCACAACACCUCAAGACCCUCAGACCAGAGAACUGCCUUAAAUGUCUCACUGUGUGCAUUGACCAAGCUCUUCUACAACAAGAGGGAUCAGAUAUUUUACUUGGGACAUUGUCUUCUUUUGAAUGGAAAUUUCUUAUUGAAAUUCAGCAACUCAGGUACUCCAUUACAUGGACCAGACAACUCCCAGAUGAUGGUGAUAAAAUAGUGGAGGAAGAGCAAGUUCUGCUGGUAAUUGGGUGGAGUGACUUUUUACAUCUGGUUCCAGCUGUAAAAAUGUUAGAUGAGGUAGGUGAUGGUACAGCCAGGAAUUCAUAUUUAAGCCCAUUGCUGGAGUUUUUGAAUCAAGAUGUGAAAAAGGUUGUCACAAUCCUGGUAACAGACUCUCCACUUGAAUACAUUAGAAGUUCUGUAAGUGAAGACUCAUUUGAAGAAACCCUGGCCUCUGAUUUAGGAAUGGACCAACUAGAAAUUGAAGAGGUCCUUGUCUACCUGCAGCUGUACAAAAAUGUAUCCUUAGCUUUUUUGGAUGGCUGGCAAGGUGUGACUAAGCAAGUUGUUGCUGUGACCAAAGCAUUGUCAAAACGCCCUUAUAAACUGCUGACAGAACGAUCUGAGCUGCCCUUCUGUGUGGACGGGUCUUGGGCCAGUGGUACUCGGGUCGAGAGAGAUGGCUCAGGGCUGGAGCAGGUGUGGACUUUGCAGUUACAGCAGCUGAACAGGGUUAGUCCUGUUGUAGCUGCAACUAUCACUGCAGCCUAUCAGUCACCUAGGCUCCUCUUACAGGCUUACCAGAAGUUAGAAUCAGAGGAGGAGAGAAAAAGUUUGCUUGCUGGACUCCUGAUAAAGACUGGAGGUAAAGAGAGACGCAUUGGACCAGAGAUCUCCUCCAGAGUUUACCGCUGCUUCACAAGCCAAAAUCCCCAGCUGGUCCUGGACUAGUCUGAGAAUAGAAUUACUAAUAUGGUUUCUAAUGAAAGCUUGCCCCAUGUCACUGCUUACAUAUUGUGAUGUUUACAACCUAAAAUAAGCCAGAGAUAUAAUGUCCUAGUAAUAGAUUAUUUAUAAUCAUGGGAACAUCUUAAUGUGUGAAAAUAUUGGUGAAAGAAAUAAAUCAUGUGCUUUUCUGAAUACAA